AUGUACGACGACUAUUCAGAGGAUGAAUGGUACCAUAAAAAAGAACAGUGGGCCCGCCAUGUUCCCAAACCUUCGCCACAUGAGCAGUACGGCCGACGCACUACGGAAUACCUCAACCCUGAAGUUCACUACACGAGUGGACUUCAUCGAUCCAAGUCCCAGGGCCAUGGAGUCGUCCCCAACGUGACAAUCUACAACACAACUCGCAUGGAUAACGAGAGCAACCCUAAUGUGCGCACUACCACCGAACAGAAAAGCCGAGAGCCUAGUGCUGACGGUCGCGGUCGCACUCGACAGAUGCCUGGCGAAUGGGGACUGGAAGAUGAUAUCGAAGAACUGAGAUUGCAAGUCACUAGAGAGCGACUGGCGCGGUCUCGCUCCCGUGGAGAGUACCAUCAUCACCAUGACCACUCACCUGACCGCUCUUACGAAGACAAGCUGAAGCUGUCACUGGCCGAGCAGAAACUGAGAGAAGCGGAAGCGAAGAUUGAGGCCGAGAGGCGAGAGCAAGAAGCGGAGAGGCGAGAGGAGAUCACUAGAAGGAAGUUGGAGUUGAAGUACAUCAAGGACCGCCAGGAGCGUGAAGAUGAAGAAGACCGCAUCAAGCGCGCUGAGGAACGACUUCGUAUGGAUUGGGACCUCAAGCGAGAGAGAGAAGACCGGGCGCGUGAGCUCCAGUUACGAGAUGAGGAAAGCAAGAGGGAGCGAAUCCUCGCAGACAGCAAAGCCAAAGCAGCCAGAGAACAAAGAGAGAGGAAAGAAGAACGCGAAAGGAUCCUAGCUGAGAUGGAUCGAGAGAAGAGAGAGGCGGACGCAGAACAUAAGCGCAUUGUCGAUGAGAACACCGCAAAGUUGGAAAAAGAAGCUCGAAAACGCGAAGACGCAGCCAGGGCCCGGGAAGAGGAUGCGAAGAGAAUUAUCAUGGAAGCACAGGUGAAACGCGAGAAAGCCGAGCGUGAGGCAAAGGCAGCUCAACAGGCAGCAGUAGAUGCUUACAACAAGAAGAAAGCCCAGGAAGAAAAGGAAGCGGCGGAGGAGCGCGACCGUAUUAUUUAUGAGUACGAGCGCAAGAAGGUUCUUGACGCGGAAAAGGCAAAGAAGGCAAGGGAGGAACUACUUCUACAGAUGAAGCUUGAAGAAGAGAGACAGAAGCAGAGGGACAAAGAAGAGUACGAGGCCUUCCAACGCAAGCAGGCUGAAAAACAAGCUGCGGAAAAAGCGAAGCACGAUAGGGAAGAGAAGGAACUCGAGGAGACGAUGCGCAAACGCCUGGCUCAGUUCGGCUUCCAAGAGAAUCAGAUCCAGGCUAUGGUGCAUCCCGAGCAGCAGAAAAAGCUGGAGCAGCAGGUUGGAUUGACACCCCACAACCCACUGCGAAUUGCGCCUCAGCCCACGUACGCGAAGAUCAGGAGGGAGUACCUCGAUACUGAGACUCUGCAUUACUAUGACAUCCCGUACGAAAACGACGUCGACCCCAACUACAUCAUCGUGCUCCGCGAGAUGAGCCAGAAGGAGACUGAUAUUCUCUUCGAGCACACACGCCGACUACGCUCGAACCACGGAGACCGCCUGUUCAUUGAAGCGGACGGCCGUGAUCGCCGUGGCAAGAAGGAGUACGCUUUCGUGCGCAGGAAGUCAAGAUCGAGGUCUCGCAGCGAGGUACACCGCCCGGCGAAGAACAUGACGCUUGGUGAAAUGCUUUUCAGGUAA